GAUUAUAAUCGAAUGGGCAUUUAAUAAGUAAAGAUUUUUAUCCAUGUUGACAUAUGAACGUGCACAAAGUGUUUCAAAAAAUGCAAUUAAAGUUUGCAUUAUUCGUGUUUUGUUUUAUUAUUAGACAUUCACUUGGUUUGAGAUGUUACUCCUGUUCUUUUUCGACAACGGAGUCAGAUCGGUCUUGUCUAACGGUGACAAACAGCACGCCGACCGUAGAAUGUUCUUAUCGGUUUUGCACCAUCAGGAGAAUAGAAUUCUUGGAUCCUGCUGGGGUGGUGUCUAGCUUUAGACGAGGUUGCGAUGAACAGCCAGACUACUUAAAUCAUGAUAUUACUGACACUACAUACCGUACGUUCUACAGGGCUUGUACCACGGACCUUUGUAAUAUCGGUAAUGGCGUUCAAACUGUGGGUGGACAAUCUUUAUCUGCAGUUCCACCAACGUCUGGGAAAAAUUUGUUGGUUCCUGGAACUGGCAGUAGAGGAAGUGAUUUCAAAAUAUCAGUCAGUCUCUUUUCUUUAAUAAUCCUAGGUUAUUUAUUUAAAUAACAUCUGACAUGAAGUAUUUGUAUUAUCUGAUAUACUUAUUAAUAAUAUCUCGAAGCCCACGUUAAAGUAAUAGUCUAAAUU